UUUAAAUACUCGACAAAGCCGAAGCCCUAAAACCCCUUCAGCUUCUGCAAUACUUUAUUUGUGAGUUCUAGCCUUGGUGUUGGCGGAAGAAAUCAAAAUCACUCAGCAAUGGCGGUUUCAUUGAGCGAUGUCAAGUCGGAAGCCGGUCUAAAAAAACUCGACGACUACUUGCUCAGUCGUAGCUACAUUUCUGGGUAUCAAGCUUCGAAGGAUGAUAUUGCUGUUUACGAAGCUCUAUCCAAACCCGUUUCCAGCGACUAUGUCAACGUAUCUAGGUGGAGCAAUCACAUCGAAGCACUCUUGAGAGUCUCUGCUGUUUUUGGAGAGGGUUCCGGCGUUAAGUUCGAUUCUGCAGAAGCAAUUGCAACUCCACCAGCUGCUGAUGCAAAGGCUAGCGGUGCUGACGACGACGACGACGAUAUGGAUCUAUUUGGCGAAGAGACUGAAGAGGAAAAGAAGGCCGCUGAGGAGCGUGCAGCUUCCAUAAAGGCUUCAUCAAAGAAGAAAGAGAGUGGCAAAUCAUCAGUUCUGAUGGAUAUCAAACCUUGGGAUGAUGAAACUGACAUGAAGAAACUUGAAGAGGCUGUAAGAAGCGUUCAGAUGGAAGGCUUGCUUUGGGGAGCAUCCAAACUCGUCCCUGUUGGAUAUGGUAUCAAGAAACUGCAGAUAAUGCUCACAAUUGUUGAUGACCUUGUGUCCGUUGACACUCUCAUUGAAGAAUAUUUGACAGCUGAACCCAUAAACGAGUAUGUCCAGAGCUGUGAUAUCGUUGCCUUCAACAAAAUCUAAGGUCAGCUUCUAUCGAGCCCAAGAGCAGGUCGUUCCAAAGAUGAGAUCAAGUCUACGAAUGAAUGCGUGUUGUUAUUUGUUCAUGAUUGCAUGCCUGUUUCUCGCUUUAUUAGUCUACACUAAGUAUACUUUUGUUUUGGGUCCCGUCUUCUAUGAAGUCAUGGCAUUGCUCAAUCUUGUCUUGCUCAAUCUUGUCUUGCUCAAUCUUAUCUUAAUAAGAUCCAGUGAUACGCAUAUGUGCUAUGAACUUGAUGAACUUAUUGAUGAUUUGAAGAUGUGAAUGAAAUAUGUCCAAAUAAAA